CCUCUAUCUCUACAGCCCAUGGUAUGAAAACCCUCAGAUAAACAAUCAGAUCAAAACACACACGUUAGUCGCACAGCAAAAUCUUGGCAGAUCACUAGGAACACUGUAAGAAUAAUGAAGGUGGCCAUUGUUUUGGCUGUCCUGGUGUCCACUGUGUUCAGCACUGACCAGCUCUUUGGACAUCAGGAGGAGCCCAGUCAUGAGCGUUUGCUGGUGAAAUUUGGCCCCCUUUGCAGUGGAAACCCAACAAACCAAAAGAGAGGCUGUGAUGUAAAAUGGGGGUGUGGAAAUUAUGGUGCAAGACGAACACAUGGGCCACACAAGGGCCUUGAUAUUCAGUGCAAUGAUGGGGCUACAGUGUAUGCACCGUUCGAUGUGAAGCUGAAUGGCAAAGCUGCACCCAAUGCAGAGGGUGUACCCCGGGAUGACCUCCCACACCCACCCAUUUCUGUGACAGAUAUUACUUAUAUUGUAUGGAUGAUGAAGUGUAGCGUGACUUUACAAUAUGAAGAUGUGAUAAUAAUAAGAAUCAUAAUUUACUAUUAA